CUCAAGGAUAUAUGACAACAAAUAUCUUCGUUACGCUUGUUCUUCGCUCGUCUUUUGGUGUAACUACUCUCACGCAUUCUGCCGUACAGUACAAAAAGCGACUACCUAACCGCUUAGCCAUCCACCACCUCCCCCUCCUUCAACCUUUUACAUCAAGAAUCAUGUCUAUUACCUUUGAACAAGCCGCUGUCGACGCUAAGAAGCUUAAGCAGACUCCUAACAAUGACGAGCUUCUGAAGAUGUACGCUCUUUUCAAGCAAGCCACCGUUGGUGACAACAACACUGAGAAGCCCGGUUUGCUCGACUUGAAGGGCAAGUUCAAGUGGAACGCUUGGAACGACUUGAAGGGCACUUCCAAGGAGGAUGCCGCCAGCAAGUACGUUGAGUUCGUCGAGGAGCUCAAGUCCAAGUACGGUUGCAAUUAAAUAGACACAGUCAUUCAGCUCAUGAAUUAAAAUGAUUCUCGGUAAAAAGAGAGAGA